ACUCUAUAAUAUUAACAAUGUGUGAAACAAGGGUCGCAACUCUUGCGACCGCGUUACCUUGAUAGACGAUCGAUGGCUAAUUUUAAAAUUAGACCGGCCGUUUCUACGGAUUGUGAUGAAAUUAUGCGACUGGUUCAGGAACUGGCCGACUUUGAGAAAAUGCCUGAUGGUGUUAAGAUUGAUGCAGAAGUUUUACGAAAAGACGGAUUUGGAGAAGAAAAGUGGUUUGACUGUUUAGUUGUCGAGCCUGUACCAGCAGAACAAACUGAGAAUGGUACUCCGGCGCUGAUUGGCUACGCGCUAUGGUUCUACACGUACCGCACGUGGUACGGCCGCAUCAUGUACAUGGAAGAUAUCUACGUUCAGGAGAACCGCCGGAAACACGGCAUCGGCAGCGCUCUCUGGAAACAGUCAGCAAAGAUCGGCUAUGACAAAGGAUGUCGCAAUAUCGUCUGGUCGUGCUUAGACUGGAACAAGUCCGCCAUCUGCUUCUACGAGGCGGUAGGGGGCGCUGACAUCACUGUCAAAGAAGGCUGGCACACGUUUAGAAUGGAGUACCCGGAGCUGAAGAAAUUCAUCGGCGAAUCUUAAAGUCUGUGCACUUUAGGAUCUGUUUGGUUAAUCGCCUUUAAACAUGUAUUACUGAGAGAAAGCGGGUCCACAUGUAGAACGCUGUACCCGGACACCAGCAUCUUAAAGUGGCGGACCCUAGUUUUAAAACACUACGACGUAUUGUUCACUAUUAAAGCUGUUUAAGAUGA